UUCAUCUUUGGUUUAUCCUCCCCCCCUUAAGUGCCCCAAACAUCCCCUUUCAAACAUAGCAAAUACCCCUUCGCUCCCCUUUCUUUUCCAUCUCCAACACCGGAUUCAUCGGCUCAUAAUCAUCUCACCAUGCCUUACAAUACACGCCGAAAAUCCCUCUCCUUACCCUCACUCGGCAUCCACCUCCCUAACGCAUCCCGUUCCAAUCGAUCCUCAUCCGCGUCCAAAAUUCCAGCCACCACCGAAAAUCAACCACCUUCGAAAAAGGUCAAGAGAUCACACGACUCCGAGUCGCAAAGCCCGUCGGGCACAUCUUCGAAUGGCCAAAUAUCGCUUGAUGGGAGGAACGAAAGGCUGGCUGCUGCCUACGGCCACACGCCACCACCCUCUCCGGCUGAUACCGGAAUCGUGGCGAAGAUCAAUACUGAGGGAAUAAACGAUGACAUUAUUGUCGCUGUUAUUGAGCAACUCGAGAAGACGGGAAACAGGCCUCAUCUGAUUAAAGAACUCGCGACAGUGCUGUCGUCCAUUAACGACACUAUUGCAAACUCGGCAAAUGCAGCAGCUUUGAUCUCAUCUCGGCUCAGUUUGUACCUAAAACGGCCCUGGACCGCGCUCGCUCCUUGCCCGAUUGCCAAAGAGCAAAUACCCGUUCACCCACGGAAGGUUUUCUUCUAUCUGACGAACUCAACCCCUCAGCCUUUGCCAGAGGACUCGAGUGAUAUUAUUUCGCCUCCCGCGGCCGCAAAACAAAUCACACCAAGUUUGUCUAAUGCAAGCAUCGACCUUGACGAUUCAGAUGAGGCCUUGGAAAGAGCGCGUAUGAGUCCAAGCCCUGAGGUUGAUUUGUCAAGCCCCGCGUUCGAACAUGAGGAGACUGGCUUGUCAGUCGAGCACUCUACCCCUGGAAGACCGCCAACCCCGACAGGUAGCUAUUCAGUGCGCAGCAGGAUGGCCCACAAUUAUCGCAUUUCGCAUAGUAGUCGUGCAGUUUCACCGCCUUUGGAGGGCGACGAGAAGGAGUUCACCUUGACUGCAAGUUCUGUUCGGGAGAGAACCUCGGCAGAAGACUCAGCGGCAAAACAAAAGGACAGUUCCGCUUCUGAAGGAGGCGCUGAAGGCGAUGUGUCGCGGGACGAGGUGAACAUGGAUGAUUGUUUCGUUUCCCACGGCUCCCACCCUCAAAACCACGAAUAUGGAUACUUUCCCUCGCAUCUCAUCCGAAGCGAAGACCAUGUUGAUGCCGCAGAUGCACAAGUUCUGGGCACAUCACCUUCCCCAUCUAUAUCGUCCGAACUAUCUUCCUUGUCAUCGGUUUCAAGCACGGCCUCAGAAGCUGCAGUCGAUGACUGUGCUGCUAUGAGUCCCGUUGUCUCUCUUGAGCCUAUCUUAUCUCCCGGCAAAACAAAGGGCGUCUCUGGCUGCAAGCGGUCGUUGGAGAUGAUCGAUGCUGGGUUUGGCCUUCACAUCGACGCGGCGCUAGAUUCUUGGCUUGAUCUCCAGAGUCCUGAAGCUGUGGAAAUCCACGAGCUGGACGCCAUUUUUGCAGACAUCUAAGAUAAUGUCUUUCGAUGUUCUCUGAAAUGGGACUAAUAUUUUACGCAUCUUCCAUAUUCGACGAAUCUGUACGAUCUUUAAUUUUCGUUAUUUUUUCACGAUGUAUUAUUGAUAUGCUAUUUCCUCAGCGUCCUUGUCCUUGGGUGGUAUGUACCAUGUAUUAUCAUACAGCUUUCGCGGCGUUGGUGGUCGAUGUUCUUUGCUUUGUUCUCCGGAAUAGCGUGGCGCAAUCACCAAACAAAUGAUAUCACCGGAAGCAUGUUCCCGUUUCUAUUUUAAUUCCCCUUUUGUUAUUUCUCCCUUCUCUGUUUUUCUCCUCCCUUUACGGCAGAAUUUUAAUAUUCCAGCGAUUUUUUUUCAACUAUCUCCUCUCUGUCUCAUUUAUGCGGUUUCUAUGAUAUGGAGCAUCUCGCUUUUUUACUAUACUUUUGUAUUUUUGGAGAACGGAGUCCUGUAUAAAUAUUGCGCUGGCGUUGGAGCGGUGAUUUGAAAUCCCCACCAUGCAACUUUUUAUUUUUAGCAGGACGGGAAAAGAACAAAAAGCGAUGCUUAUGGCCAGAUAAAACUGGCUUUUACCACGUGAGGAAUGUGUCUUUUUGCGUUUGCAUGCUAUAGGGAAUGAUAACUCGCGUUGAUUGCCU